AUGUUGUUGGUGUGCCACGGUGAAAGUUUAAGGAAAAUGGCUGUUAACACAAAAUUAGCUGUACCCGUAGCCCUGGGCUUAUCUCUAGUGACAGUUACAGCUUUUGUGGUAUACUAUGUAUUCAAGAAAGAUGAAGAAGAACAACCGGAAGAAAAAACAGUCAAGACAACGAAAAUGAAUGUUAUUGAGGUGCAAAUACCCAAAAGUAUUGUUCCUGCUUUGAUUGGUCGCAGUGGUUCAAAUGUUAAAGAAAUAGAGAAGAAAACGGGUGCUUUAAUCAACUUUAAGAAGUUCAGCGACAAAGAAUAUGAUGUUUGUAUCAUAAGAGGUCGUUCUGAUGCCACGCAGCUGGCCGAGACGCUUGUCCAUGAGUUUAUAAAACAACAGCCUCUCAUCAUCGAGGAGACUAUAACUGUACCCUCCUGGGCUUGUGGGAAGAUAAUCGGGCAGGGAGGUGACAACAUAAGCUCAAUUGGGCUCCGCAGUGGCGCCCGUAUCAGGAUCGAAGGGCGACAAUCUGACAUGGCUCCGGAGCGCAAGGUCACUAUAAAGGGCACCAAGGAACAGAUCGAAAUCGCUAAGGGAUUAAUCGACAACAAUGUUGCACAAGAAAAAUGUCGUCGCGAGAUUGAACAAUCGAAACGCAGCCCUCGACACGCACAGCCAACAGAGCAGUCCCCGUCACCGACACCAUCUUGUAACGCCAGCGAACACUCAGAGGAGCAAGGUGAAACGCACGUCAGGCAUGUCAAAUAUAAGCGGCCUGAAGGUACAUCUCCGAUAGAGGUGUACGUGUCGGCCGUGUCGUCCCCGUCACGCUUCUGGGUGCAGUUCGUGGGCCCGCAGGUGGCGCAACUCGACGAACUCAACGACGUCAUGACCGACUACUAUGGCAAGAAGGAGAACAGAGAGGCGCAUGCUCUGUCACACGUAUGCGUGGGACAAGUGGUGGCCGCAGUGUUCCGUCACGACGGCAAGUGGUACCGCGCUCGGGUGGACGAUAUCAAGCCGAACGAGUUUGAUGCAUCUCAAAAGGUGGCAGACGUAUUCUAUUUAGAUUACGGUGACAGCGAGUACGUCGCAACUCACGAGUUGUGCGAGCUGCGCGCUGACCUGCUCAGGCUUCGAUUCCAGGCUAUGGAGUGUUUCUUGGCUGGAGUACGACCUGCCCCACGUGAGGAUACCAAACCUGAACGCUGGCAUCCUCAAGCUAUCGAGCGCUUUGAAGAACUUACACAGGUGGCUAGAUGGAAAUCUUUACUAUCCAGAACGUGCACAUACAAAAAGACACCGACAGUUGAGGGAGAGAAGGAGAAAGAAAUACCUGGUAUCAAGCUGUUUGAGGCCACUAAUGAGGGUGAGAUGGACAUCGGUGGCGUUCUAGUAUCGGAGGGAUGGGCGGAGCUCGGCCCCGCCGAACGACCUUCUCCACCACGACAAAGACCGCCCUUCGGAGACCUCGGGAACUCACGAGUGUUGGGCAUGAUGGAUGCCCGCAGUUCCUCUGUGCCCAAGGAUCAUAAAGACGACCCUGAACGGGACAGACUAACGAACGACGACUCCACAAAAGAUACCGAUCGAGUAACAUCACAAUCAUUUGCAUCAGGAUUACACGAAGCCCACAAACCUUUAUCCAUAUCGAAUUUCGACUUAUCCUACCCCGACAGAUCUCUAUCCCAGCCUCAGCUAAACGGCUCCAACGAAAAUUUCCUACAUGUGGAGAAGCAGAAUCUCGAGAAUGAAGGGUCUUUGGAUACCUUGGUACCUCCAGCUCCUGGGACCCCAAUACAUUCGAUGUCACCUCGAGAUGAACUUAAAGCUAACAUGAAUAGGAUAGAUUCCCAUCAUAGUAAUUUAGAAUCUCUUGGCAAAUAA